GAGCGUAGACGAUCUUCGGCGUAGGGGGCUAGCCGGCUAACAGCUAGCUCAGAGAGACGCCAUUAGUUGGGUGAAAAGCAGGCGUCGCAUCAGCUCGAAUGUGCAUUUGUGUCACAAUUUAGACUCGUUUCUCUCUCGCGUGUUGCUGGAUUUUGAUUAACGGCGGUUUCUCUAACGCUGUCGACGCGUUUUUAGUUGUUUUUGUUUAAAAAAUAAAUUCGGAAGCUAAUGUGAGCUACGCAGGACGACCAACAGUGGAGGUGUUAGCAAUAGCAGCGCGAGCUAGUUGACACCACUUGUUUUUUUUUUGACCAACGGCGAUCGGGAGAAAAAAAUCUUAAAUCAAAAAAAGUUCCAGCCAUGGCGGCCGGAGGGGCGGGCGGCAACAGCGGCAGGACCUACUCGUUCAAGGUGGUGCUGCUCGGGGAAGGCUGUGUGGGCAAGACGUCGCUGGUGCUGCGAUACUGCGAGAACAAAUUCAACGACAAACACAUCACAACUCUACAGGCGUCCUUCCUCACAAAGAAGCUCAACAUCACAGGGAAGAGGGUGAACCUCGCCAUAUGGGACACAGCCGGUCAGGAGCGCUUCCACGCGUUAGGUCCCAUCUACUACAGAGACUCCAACGGCGCCGUGCUGGUGUACGACAUCACAGACGAAGACUCCUUUCAGAAGGUGAAGAACUGGGUGAAAGAGUUGAGGAAAAUGUUGGGGAAUGAGAUUUGUUUAUGUAUAGUAGGUAAUAAGAUUGAUUUGGACAAAGACAGACAUGUUUCUGUGGAGGAGGCUGAGAGUUACGCUGAGUCGGUGGGAGCCAGACACUACCACACGUCAGCCAAGCUAAAUAAAGGCAUUGAGGAGCUGUUCCUGGACCUGUGUAAAAGGAUGAUGGAAAACGCUCAGGCCGAGGAGAGGUUGAAGGGAAACGGAGCCAGCCAAUCAGCUUCAAGUAGGCGGGGUGUACAGAUUGUCGAUGACGAACCACAGGCCACGCCUGCCGGAGGAUGCUGCUCCUCUGGCUAACACACACACUUUAACAAACACACACCCUCUGUUGUCCGAUCCUAAAAAAACCUUCUGGUCAUCCAUCCUUGCCUCUGCUGCUGCUAAGGAGCAUGGGAAAAUCAUAUCUAAAAUGACAUAAUUCAGUGCGCUCUUUCAAAAUAAAAGUAACUGAAAUCCACAGUAUGUGCUUUUAGUUUAAGAAAAAAAAAACCCUCCUUGAAUCACAUUUUUUUUAGCACUUUAUUUCCUAAAAAAAUCUAUGUAAAAAGUCGACAGUAUUGAAAAGCAGCGGCUCAUGUUCACCAAACAUUAAACAUAAACUAAAAUAAAGUUCAAAUUCUCAAAGAGGCUUUUAUUUUUCUCACACACACGCAAAUACAUUAACUCGUGUCAGUUUUCAUAUUAUAUUAUUUACCUGGAAAUAUACGCAUCGGUUUGUGGUGAAACGGCUCCACCUGCUGGACACAGAGUUAAACUGCUAUUGAAGCUCACGCAGAGCGGAGCUGCCCGUGUUUGCUAAUAAAGUUUGUCAUUUACAAAACUAA